AUGGCCGGAACAACUCUCCAAGCACAAAUAUUCCGUCGUCGAAAGUCCGUGAUGCCCUCAGUCGUCCCGGGGAACGUGAUCCUGUUGCGUGAUUUCAAAGUCCGGACUUACGAUCACUCUAUCAUGCUUGUGAGCGUCGAGUCUAGUUCCUGGGCUGUAUUCGAUGGCAUCGACCCUAAUGCACAGAUGAAUGGGCCACCCGUUGAGUAUGGUGCUGAGGAAACAGAUUGCGCAGUGGGCUUGCGUACAUGGUACAACGAUAUCGGCACGCACAUGCUAGCGGACAGUGAGCUGCAGGCGGCAAUCGAGAGGGACAGCAUGGGCAGGGAUUUAAGCCCUGGGAGCGCGGUGCCGAGUGAAACAGGGAGCUUUGAAUCAGGCUCUCGCAGCUUCCGCCGGUCACGGAAUAGUCACCGGCGAGUAACUAUCCAUGAACUUCGAGACGGUACUCGCUACACCGAGGUUGGGUCCCCCAGCACUAAGGAUAGUAUCCAUGAGCUGCGUGACGGGACCGUCUAUGCUACUCGGUAA